AUGGCUGAAAAGCCUAAGUUUCGGGUCUACAGGCCACAGGUAAGUAAUGUAAUCAAUAUUACUGUAACGUCAAUAAUGUUAAGGCUAUGGUUGACACGCUAAAGCGGCUGAAUGGGCAUAAUCUCGAGAAUCAGGGCUUAAACAACUUGACCGAGGCUUUCCAAAGCUUCAUGACACGCACCAGAUUCUUCGGCAUGAGCGGGUUGAGGUAACUUAAGUUAAUAUUAAGAGGUUUAAGGCCAUAAUUAGGUAAAGAACUACAAGCUUAACAAGUACAAUAAUAAGUACUGUAAAGUUUUUUGAAGUUAAGCAAAAAAGUUAUGUAAACUAGUAAUGACACUAUUAUUGACAUAGUAAUUUACAGGAGAACAUGGUCGCAUUCAGCAGUAGAAUUCAUGAAAUAUCGAAGAUUACUGCCGAUGUUGGUGGCUGAUGAAAGUGAUAUUGGUUCGGCGUUUGACAGUAAGUACAAAUUAUAUUUAUAUUGUUAUGUGUUUAGGUUUCGACAUAAAUGAAGGUCGAGUACCAACGUCGAAGAAAGAGGACAGAAAGGUUGUUGUAUCAAAUAUAUCCCCUAAGGCUACAGUCAGCCAGCUUCAGAGCUUUUUCAAUAAAUUUGGACCGGUAAGAGAGUUAAAUAAAGGCGUUUACAAAUUUAUUAAUGCGUUUGAGAGCAUAGUAUGUUAUUAGUGUAGUAUUUGACGACAUAUCCACUUGGCUUUAGGUAUACUCAUGUCAUAUGCCCAGUGAAGAACGACGACAGUCAAUGUACGCUACCUUGACUAGAGCCAACAAGAAAUACUCUAAUUUGGUUAUCACUUUUAAGUAAGUAUAAUAAUUUCAAUUUUUAAUUAAAAAAUUUAUUUUUACAUUAAAAAUUUGAAGAAUAAGAUCAUACAGGUAAUUUUUAAAAAUUUUUUGACGGUUUAAAGAGAUUUUGAAGAAGUAAUUAAAUUUCAGAGACGAGAUCUCAGCCCUCCGGGCAAAAACCGCGGCCCCGCAGGAAUUAAAGUUUUACAAUCAGAUCAUGACAGUUAGUAAUUAUGUUAGUCGGAAACGGACAACUUCACAUCAUGGAGAUACCGCCUCGACUAGUGGGUUCGCUGUUGGUGGUGAUAAGAGCGGAAGGCUGUCAAGAUCAUCUUCAUCUGCUUCGAUUGAGAGUCAGGUCACUAUCAAUUCACAGGUAGGCUACAAGUUUCAGAAGCUUAAUCUAGUUAGAAAUAGAUCUUGGUAGGGAUGUGGGUUAAGAUGGAGGUAUGAAAUUUUUUUUAAUGACAGGAGUUUUGAUUUUAACAUUUUUUUUAGUUACUGCCACUAGACGAGCUCCCAACAAAAGCCGUAGAGCGAAUAUUCUGCCAUCUCAAUCUGCUAGACCGAAUCCGACUAGAGAGAACGAACAAAACCUGGCUAGAAGCAGCGGCCAAGUCCUGGACAGAAGUCGAACGUCUUUCAUUUCACGAAGAAGAAGACCUCCAGACCUUCUUCAACAGCUCAAACCCUCUCAGAAACUUGCAUUUAACCGCAUUUCUACUCCGAUGUUGUAUCUCUUUAAAGUCACUGGACCUAUCCAAUACGAAAAAUCUGCUGGAUGACAAAGCAAUAGAACAGAUUGCUCAGUUUUGUAUCAAUUUGGAGGACUUGGACAUCUCCAGCGUGCAAUCAGGGCCAGACGCUCUGAGGAGUUUGUCUGAAUCUUUGGCCAAGUUGAACUCUGUAGCUUAUCGUGAGAUGCACAACUCGUCGGAAAAGUGUUUUUGGUACCUGUUCAAAAGUAAUGGCAGGUCGAUUAAACGGGUCGAUUUGAGAGGCUGUAGUCAGCUGAAGGGACGAUGCUUUAAACUGUUUGGAGGCGAACUUGAAGAGGUAUGGCUUUUUUAUCUUCGGUGAGAUAGAGUAGUUUUUGAUGAUUUUUACGGCAUAUUUGAUACUAAAACAAUAUAUUAUUUAAAAGGAAAGAUAUUCAGAAGCUUUACUGUACAUAUUCUGAGGCUUUACUGCCUGUUUUCUUUUAUUACUGUGAUAGAAAGAUAAAAUACGAUCUCCAAAAAAGCGGAAUACUAUCUCAAAAACAUCUUAUUAUAGGUCCUCCUAGAUGGAUGUAGUAAAAUAGACGACGCUAUCAUUGAUGACAUUUGUGCAAGAUCAAAAAAUAUUAAUAUCCUGAGACUAAACGGGUGUUAUCGACUGACAGAACAAGCUUUGAGUGUAAUUUCGAGGAGUUUGAAUCAUCUCGAGCACAUUUCUUUGUCAGGCCAAGGAUUUACGAAUAUUACGGCUGACAGUGUAUCAUUGAUCUCUCGUAUCAAUAGUAUAAGGCAUUUAGAGUAAGUUCAUGGUAUUCAUUUUUGGAACUUUUUUUUGUAAAUGUUUAUGUAAUUGUUGUGUUUUACUACAAGAGUUUUUAAAAAUAAGCAAUAUUGUUUUAGACUAGAUUUUAACCCAACGGUUAGCGACUUUUUGGUUCAACAAAUCACUUCAAACUUGAAAAAUUUGAAGUUUUUGUCAAUUGGAUUUGCCGGAUCUGACCAGUCGAUUACAUCUGAAUCACUGGCUUUGUUAUCACAACUUACAGAGCUGGAAGAGGUACGUUAUGUUUUAGUCAAAGCUAGUUUACUAAUUUUUAAGUUUAUAAUUUGUCAGUAAGAAAAUGCGAAAUUUUUGGGGUUUUUGACAUUUCGUCUACUUUAAAUUUGAUUUUUCUUUAGUUUUUCUGAUUAAAAAAAAAUACUAGCAACUUUUGACAUUCUGUUUACUUUUAAUUGAUUUGUAUGGUAUUUUUUGACAGACUUCAUUUCAAGUCUUAAAUUCAAAAAUUUUAGAUUGAUUUAAGUGGCUUAGCUGCAUUGGACAACAAGACAUUUGAGAAGAUUUGCAAGGGAUGUGCUAAAUUGAAGGAUGUUACAGUUCGGUCAUGUAUUUAUCUUGGUGAUUUGGGUGUAGCAGCUUUGAAAAACCUGAAGAAUCUAGAAGUUGUAGAUCUAUCAGGAUGCAUUUUGGUAACAACAUACGCAGUACAAGACAUUAUUGGUCAUUUUACUGUCGACAAAAAGGUAUUCUUAGGUUUUUUAGUAGUAGUUUUGAAUAGGUUACUGUAUUAUUUUAGUUCAUGGUUGUUAUUGUAGGUUAUACAGUAAUAUUUUUAGUUGUAAAAGUUAAAAGGCCAUUUUGCGGUAGCAAUACGUAAACAAGUUCAGUAAUUUUAAAUUAGUUUUGACUCUUAACAUCAAUUUUUUCGUAUUUUAUCACGAUUUUUUAGCCAAACAGCAACGACAUUACAUUGGUGGUGGGAGGCACGUUAUGUGAGAGCAAGUUGAAGUACCGCAACUCACGUGUACAUGUUGACUUUGAGGACAACAGUGCAAUCAGUUUGAAUACUGCCAAGAAGUUUAUUGAAACUUUUCAAGGAAAUGGUAAGGUUUAUAGAGACAAAAGUUGAAGUUUAUGCUAGAUAUAGAGGCAUAAACUUUAGAAGUAAAAAAGCUUGGUGUAGAAAAAUUUCCUUAUACUCAUUAGUAUAAAACGCUUUGUUUACAACUAUUUACUUAUGGGUUAGAAAUUUUUUGUUUGGAACUUGACAUCGAGAAUCAGGGUAGCUUUUUCAAAAAAUAUUUGUUUUUGGGAGGGGUGAAAUUUGCUUUGGAACUAAAUCUAAAACUUUUUAUGAUAAUUGGGAUUUUUUGGGUAAAAUACAUCAAGGGAAGGUCGCUCAUGAUAUUUUUAAUUUCAGAACUUGAUACUCAAAGUGAUGGAGAAUUUUCGGACGAUGGCUUUGGAAUGUUGUCGGCUCACAGUAAGUUUUUUUACUAAAAUCAUAUACUUCUACUUAUUUUUAAAGAUAUUGAUUACGUUUUUUUGCACUACUUACGUUACAAUCUAACAAAAAGUCUUUUAAAAUUUUUAAAAAAAGUUUAAAAUCUUAUAUUUUUAAAAAUUGAAAAAUUUUAUUCUUUUCAAAUCAUAGUACUUCUUUUCAAUGUUACUAUCUCUUUUCUCUAUCAAAAUGUAUUUAAUCGUAUCCAAACACUGAUAAUCCAAUUUUGCAGGAUCAUUCGUGGCGGACGCGCUGACGGCGGAGGAAGAGUCUCCAUUAGAGAAUGAUAACAGUAUUAUCGAAUGGGCCGAGAAGGAGGCCAAGGAGUUGGGCCUCUUAAAGUAG